GUCAAAUUUCUUAGUGGUGAAAGGACGUGUUAUCAGUUUUUGUUUACUUUAAUUUUGAAAAGUACACAAAAAGUAAAAACUUUCUAACCAUAACUAUUGUCUGGACGGAUCGAAAAGUAAUGUAGGAAAAACUAACGACAAUGGAGAAAGUGGAUACGGAAACGCUACGCUCCGCCGCGUCAAAAUGGAGUCUGAACGGUGAUAGGCACUUGCUGGACUUAUUGCAGAAUAUACAUCAGAAAAUAAUGACAAAAUGUACAGAAACAAACGCAAGGAUGGACGAAUUGGUGGAUUCUCUAGAUACAGCUAAUGUUGAUUUGCAGAAUGUUAAUAAUAAAUUUAUGGCGUUAAGUAACAAUCAAUUUGUCGAGAGUCGAGUAUAUGAUGACGACAUUGAUACAAUACAAACUGAAACUGCAGCUGUGAAGGAACCAGAGAGACAAGCAAACCAAGAUGACGAGCUAGAUCUAAUAAAACAGAGUCUUUUAAUAAUAGAAGCUAUGCAUGAGCAAGUACAAAUAUUGGACUCGGACAGUUCUGAUGAUGAUGAUGAUGGAAGAUUGAUAUUAAAACCAAAGGACAUGUAUCAUCACAGACCGUUACCUUAUAUUAUUGGAUCGCAAAUGUGGAGAAAGAAAUGGCAUGCUGGUUUAGUGGUUGAAGACAGUGACACGGAUAGUGCGGGUUCGAAGCCGCAGCCCGGUGAAGAGUAUUCCGAUUCUGAACCCGAAGUUACAGAUAUACAGACGGACAAACAACAUAAGGAUGUAACGAUAUCGAGUUCAAACACGAGUGUGGAGGUGAUCACGAACACACAAACAAAACCGGACGUGCCAAGACCGUGUCGGCCUGCGGAUGUAGCAGCUGAGCUAGCGAGAAGACUAGGUGGUGAUAUACCCCCACCUCCAUCGAUACCUGUAGACCUACCACCUACCACAGGAAAAGUGUAUCGAGCCGAACAACCAACAAGAGCAACAAUAUUUUCAAACGAACCACCGCCAUUAGAUCAAUGUGAGUCAGAAGAUAGUGAAGAGGAUAUAUUCGCUGAAUUACACAAAAACAGCUACACCCAUAAUGAUAGAGUUUCCAAUACUAAUGUAGUUGACGAACUGUUUGGUAGCAGUCCUGUUGUUGUUGAAAAGGUGGUUUCAAAUACAAAUGAUAAACGACCUAUUUUCGAUGAUGAGUCAGAGCCUGAGCUUUUUACUGAAAAACCGAAAGAAAAAACACCUGAGCCUAAGGAGGAAGGAUUCAAGAAACCAAUCGGCGGUAUAUCUCUAUUCGGUUCGAACAAAGACUCAAACAGCAUUGGAGCGGCCAUCUUGAAACGCAAUCAACGAAAGUCCUCUUCAGAUGAAGAAAUUCCAGAAACACAGCCAGAACCUAAGCCUGUACAAAAUAAAAAUAUUAUAGACGAUUUAUUCGUCAAACCCAAAGUUAAAAAACCAAUAAUAAAUAAAAAUAAAGAAGUUAAAAAAGAAAUAAAGGUACAAACAAAAGAGGUUACAGAAAAGAAAGAUUUGUUUUCAGAUGAUCUAUUUGAUGAUAUAGAUGAUAUAUUUACAAGUAAAGUUAUAACUAAGAAACCAGAAAAUAAGUCUAUAUUUGACGAUGUAUCAAAAGAAAAUAAAGAAGUUAAAAGUAUAUUCGAUGAUGAUGAUGAUGAUCUUUUUAGUAAUGUUAAAGUUAUAGAAAAUGUUAAACCAGAUAUAAAAAAAGAUACAGUUAAGAAAAAUGCAGAUACUAAAACUAAUAAAGAUAUAAUAAAAGAUGAUUUGUUUACUGAUACAGAAAAUAUUAAAACAAUAGAAUCCAACUCUAUAAAUGAAUCUAAUAAACCAAAAAGUAUCUUUGAUGAUGACAGUGAUGAUGAUUUAUUUAAAACUACCACUGAAAUUGUCAAUACAACAAAAAUUAAAGCAAAUAAUACAGUCAAGGAAAAUAAUAUUAAAGCAGAUGUUAAGAAAAACAGUAUUUUUGAUGAUGAUAGCGAUGAUGAAUUGUUUCCUACUAAUUCUCUCAGUGUUAAAUCAAAUGCUGACGUCACAAAUCAAAAUUCAAAUCUAUUCAAAGAUGAAAAAGUACAAGAAAUUAAAAGCAAAACAGACUCAAGUAAGAAUGAGGCUAAUAUAAAAGAUAAUUAUAUUCCAAAUGAAAUAACCAAAAGAAGAAUUUUUGACGAUGACAGCGAAGAAGAAUUGUUUAGUGGUAAUAAACCAGAAACAGAUAAAAAUUUACAAGAAAAUGAUGUAAAUGUUAAAGUAAAUGUAAACAGUAAAAAGGAAGAUUUAAGUAAAGAACAAGAAGAUAUUAAAGCCCCUGUUGAAAUAAUAACAAAUAGUACACAAGAUGCAAACAUUCCAGAAAUACUUGAAAUUGAUAAUAGUGAAUCUAUAAAUAAAACAGUCGAAAAAACGGAAACUCAAAAUACUCCGCUAGAUAAAAACGAUAAACUAAAUAUAAAGAAAAAUCUAACACAAAUAACAAGUCCUAAUAUUUUUGAUGAUGAUGAAAUUGAUGAUCUAUUUUCAAAUACCGCAAAACAAUCAAAUAACAAUGAAGAAUAUAAAGUUGACGUUGCAAGUAGUAUAAAUAUAGUAGAAUCUGAUGUUACUCAAGAUAUUACUACUGUAGGUAAUAAAGAAAUAAGUAGCAAUGUCCAAGAAGAUCAGAUAUUUGAUAAUCCACAACCUCCCUUACCUGAUAUAUCUAGUCAUAUAGAAAAUAACAUCGAUAAAGAAACUUUAAAAUCAAAUGAAGAUUUAAAAGAAGCAGUAAAAGAUGAACCUAACUCUAAAUUCGAUUUAAAAGAAACAAAAGAUAUGGAAGAUAAGACUGAUACAUUUUCUGAUAUACUUACCACAGAUGAUAUACUUGCCACAGAUAAAAAAGAAAAACCAGAAUCAACUCUAUUCACAGAUAUAUUCAACGACAUGCCGCCAGAAUUCGAAAAGCCAAAAGAGCCGAAAAAGAGUAAAAACGUAAACGCACUUUUCGAUGAUGAUUCCGAUGAUGAAACCUUCUUUAAGAAGAGUGACGUCAUCACUGAAGAUAUACCAAGUCCUAGUUAUGAUGCAAACGAAAGAUUUAGUAUAUUCCACGAUGAACCACCUGCUAUUGAUGUUGAUUUUAUUCCUAAACCUGUAAAAUUAACAAAAAAUACAGAUGAAAACAUAACAAACGCAGAAUCAACGAAAAACAUAGAUUUUGAGGAAAUAAACAAUGAUUUUGACGAUUUUAAUUCUCAAGAUAUUUUUCAACAAAAGGUUAAAACUGAUGAAAAAGCAGAUUUUAUUCCUGUCAAUACAAAAGCCGAUAAAAUUGAAACUAAACUGGAAAACAAUUUAAAAGCAAUUAAUGAAUCUAAUAAAGUAGCAAAUGAAAGAAAUUUAGAAGAUUCUAUAAGAUCUACAAACGCUAUGAUAACAGAUAAAAUUAAUAAAAUGCAAAAUGAUCAAAAGACAGAAAACGCAGAAGUAAAACCAAAUAAAAACGUUGGCAAAUUAAAACCUAUUAAUCUAAAUAUCAACGUUAAUACUUUAUUACCUGGAGCGUCACCUAAAAAAUCAAAAUCGAUUCAAAUUGUUGACGAUACAGUUACUUCCAAAUCGGAAAAUACCGAAGCAACUAAAGUAAAAACCGUUAAUUUUGAAGAUGUCAAAGAACCGGAAAUUCUAACUAAAUCGUCACAAGAAAAAACUAAAAUUGAAGUAGUCGAUGGUUUAGUUUCUUCCAAACCGGAAAAUACUGAAAAAUUAACUAAAGAGGUGAAAAUCGUUAACUUUGAAGACGAAAAAGAAUCGGAAAUACUUAAUAAUAAAAUAUCAAAAGAAAGAGCAAAAAUACAAGUUAAACGGAGACCUUCUACGAGACGAGCUCGAAUAGAGGCAGCUAGAAAAUCUGGCAUAGAUUUUGGAAAUACCAUAGACUCCACAGACAAUCCAAGCUCUAUAGAUGAACCAAAGACACGACUCACAGAUGAAAAAGAUUCGAAUUUAGAUACAGAUAUGAAAGUCUCACCUGAUAAAGAAACAAAAACACAAACAGACGUAACCAAUAAUAAAAACACCACAGAUACAUUACAAAGUAAUACAGAUGAUAAUUAUUCCAAACCGAAAGUCACAUCAAAAGUCGUUUACAUUUUAAACGACGAAGACAUAUUUUCCGACGUUAACAAAAACCCAGAUGAGAAACCUCAAAAUCACGAAAAUAAAACAAAUAAUACCCUUUCUAUACAAAGUACAGAAAAAUCGCCAAUAGAUAAAAAAUUGGACGACAACCACAACCCGAAUACAGAUAAAAAAGCCUCCAUCUUUGAUUCAAGUGACAGUGACAGCGAACUUUUUGGCGGGAAAAAGGUGACAGUUAAAAAAAAUAAACUUUUCGAAUCCGACAGUGAUGAUGAUUUGUUCAGUGGUAGGAGUAAGAAAGAGAAAUUAAAAGAGGAAAUAAAACCAAAAGGCAAUUUAUUCGGUGAUGAUGAUGAUGAUGAAUUGUUUACUACGAAAGUUAGGAAACAGGAUGAAAAGGUACCACGAAGAGAAUCAACUAGUAAAACAUCAGAACCCGUGUUUGAAGAUCCACUAUCUAUGCUUACACAGGACGACGAAUAAAAAAAUAUAUUUUUAUAUGUAUCUCCUAGUCUCGCAAACGAUUAGACCGAUUUUGAUACGGUUCUACUGUUUACAGGUUGAAGAGUUGUAAAUUUUGGCCAAAAAUAAUCGUUGUUAAUAUUGGUAAGGUUUUUAAUUUUUAUGAAUGAUGAUAAUUAAUGAUUAUUAAAAAAAAACUAUCGGUUUCUAGAAAGUGCUAGAAAUUUUUUAAUGAAAUUAUAAUUAUUUUUUAAAAUAAGUCAUAUUUAACACUUAGAAAUUGGCAAUAACAUAUCUAUUAGACAUAAUAUAGUGUCAUUUACAAAUAAAAAGGCAUUUAUAUUUUAUACUAAAGUACUAAAAUUAUAUUAUUUCCCGCUCGAAGGACCAAAAACAAUAGUUAAAGACAA